AUGUCACAGUGCGCCGAACAGACUACUGAACAGACAAGAAGGAUAGAGCUACGCGACCCCAUCACUCGCCUUCACCAACCAGCUAGAGUAUCCUACUCCUCCUCUCGCCAGCAGCCCACAACGACUUGGACAACAGUUAAUCCAAGCUCGCCGUACGGACCUAUGUAUGGAGAACAUUCUUUCAGACACCCUUCCCCACAAACAUUGUACACCAACCAGUCAGAAUAUUUGCCGCCUUCAACUCCACCUCCCUCGAAGGCAAGCACCAGUCGUACACAUAUCACAGCCCGCUGUACAGACUACCGAACAUACAACAAGGAUACAGCUACCAGACCCGACAAAUCGUAUUCACCAACCAGCCAGAGUAUCCACCUCCUCCUCUCGCCAGCAACUCACAACGACUUGGACAAUAGUUACCCAGCGCGCCGUAAGGACCCAUGUUCGGACAACAGUCACGACCCAUUUAAUAAUGUCAUGCAUAUAUGUCGACAGGGUCAAGGAUUCUUGCCAAAGGCAAUGGACGUGUCUUUCGAGGAAGAGUCAUCCUUUUUCAAAGAAAAUGACAUAUCAUUCAACGUGGAGGUUAACAGUGAGUACGAUGGGCAUAACGACGACAACAACAACCCCCAAAAGAAAGUCUAUAGCUGUAAGGACUGUAACUACAAAACUUACAGCUCUGGAAACCUAAGCAGGCAUAGGCGAGCAGUUCACCAAAAGGUCAGAUUCGAGUGUAGUUCGUGCAGAAAAAGCUAUGCCAAUAGUUAUGAUCUGCGUGAACACACUCGAAGCGUGCAUCACGGGUCACGUUUUAUGUGUGUGGUGUAUUCCAGGGCGUAUUGUAGCAGAAAGUCAUUGAACACACAUAUACGGUGUGUGCACUCUUCUGAUGCUCAGAAAUAUCACUGCUCAUCGUGCAACAAAGACUACACAAACAAAGUCCAUUAUCACGGUCAUGUAAACAAACAUAUGGAUCUAAAGGCGUUCACAUGCAGUCGUUGUGAUAAACGAUUCUAUUACAAGCCAAGUCUUAGAAAACACCAGUCUACAUGUCAAAAAGGCAAAGUUUUCACUUGUGAUAUGUGUGGCAAACGAUUGGCAUCGCGUGUAACCUUGAAAGACCACAUUGCCGGCAAGCAUGGGGAAAAGGUCAAUGUGUGCGCCCGUGGAAAGGCUUUUCCGUGGCUGUCAUCACUCUUCCGACACAGGGGAAAAUGUCUUGUUGCUAAACAAGCCAUCAGCCAAGAUAAAUGA